AACAAAGUGUUGGUGCAUUUAACAAAAAUUAACAUUACACCAAUGUAAAAUGUUAGUGUGUAUAAAAUCAGAGUACAAAUAUACUUUGAAUAAAAGUUGCAAGAAAGUGCUGGUUUUAGUUGGGGUUCGGGUCUAAAGUCUCUAAACCCCACCACCCAGUGACACCGCUAUUGUAUUGACCAGCUCCCCGUCUGCUGUGGUGGCCUCCAUCAUCUUCUUCCACAGAAAACGCACCUUCAGUUUGAUGAAAAGUUGAUAUCCUUCGCGCUGCAUUAGCAUUGUAAUAUCAAUUAUGGAGAAGGCUUCCCCUGAUUGCCCCUACCCAGGUUGCUUCUUCUGUGUGAUGAAGGAGGGAAACCCUAACAAGCGCAGAGCAAGUAUAUUGAAGUUCUUCCGAGACCUACCCGCUCAGGACGAUGACGGUCAAGUCCUUCCAAUCAGCGGACUUUGGAACACUGCAAUGGCCCACCCGAACGAUCCGGAGUUUAUAGAGUUGGGUAUAUUUGAGUGCAUGGCAUCCCUUAUAUGGAAGGGCCUAAAGAACCGCCGUUGGCUCUCACACGACCAAAACAUAUACAUUCCUUACUAUGCAGCCCACAUAAUCGGAUCAUACACGAUGAAUAUGGAGGAUUUCGCCGAACGGGCUGUCCGGGCUGGGGUGGUCCCGCCUCUGGUUGAACUUUUAAGCGGCAGGCUGACAUGGGUCGAACAACGGGUCGCGGUUCGGGCCUUGGGUCAUUUGGCUACCUACCCAUCCACCUUCGAAGAAGUGGCGAAUCACGGCGAAAUUCUAGAACUUUCCAUCCAGCUGGCUGUGAGUUCCCUCGAGAUAGUUUACACGCACUUCUACCAGUAUGUGGACAGAAGGCUAAGUUACCAUUGUGACCUUCUCACGCGUGGGAUGGGCGGAGUUGAGAUGGAGUCCCGGAAGGCCGAAGAGUGGGCCAGCCAGCUACAGUGUUGGGCUCUUCAACUCAUCAACUGCUUUGCAUUCAAGCACGAGUUUCUUCCGGCCAUAUGCAAACUGGAGUUCCUUUCUAAACUUCCCGGGAUGUGGGGUGGGCUUGUCAACGAGAACUCGCCUGCUGGGAUUGGGCUUUUGAGGACAAUUUGUCAUCACAAGCUUGGCAGGGGGCCCGUUGCUUCAUGUCCUGGUGUUUUGGAUGCACUGUGCAAUAUUGCACGCUCAUCGGAUGACUGGCAAUAUAUGGCUAUUGAUUGUCUUUUGUGGUUGCUCCAAGAUCCUAAUACCUGCCUCAAGGUUAUCGAUAAGGCAGUUCCAGCACUUGUUGAUCUUGCUAAUAUUUCAACCCUAGGGGAUCACAAGAAGCUCGGGGACUCCAUUACCAACGUUCUUCUAGAAUGCACCGAAUCACAAGCAACAGGGCGUGCCCCAAUCAGCAGCCAUGUGAAAGAACAAGUCGGAGAACUUUUGAGUUCCAGACAAAGGUUAAAACGGGAAAAGAACAUGCCCAAGGAGGAUCUUCACAUCAAACAGGCCGCAGCGCUUGUGGUGAAACUCGAAGGGAAUUCCCUUUUUUCCUCCGGGAACAUUUCUGGGGCCGCCGGAAAGUACUCGGAAGCCCUUUCUUUGUGUCCGGUGAGAUCAAAGAGAGAGAGAGUGGUACUGUACAGCAAUAGGUCCCAGUGUCAUCUUCUUCUCCAACAACCAAUGGCUGCAAUUAGUGAUGCCACACGUGCGCUUUGUCUUCAUAAUCCGGUCAACCGUCACGCGAAGAGUCUUUGGAGAAGAGCUCAAGCUUAUGACAUGAUGGGUUUGGCUAAGGAGAGCUUAUUGGACGCGAUUUUGUUCAUUAAUGAGUGUUCUCAGUCUAAUGACCCUGAUCUGUCUUUAAGGCAGAAUAAGGUUCCGGAUUAUGCGGAGCGCUUGGUUAAGAAGCAGAUGAAGGCCGCUUGGUUGUUCAGAGAGGCGGCUAUUAAGCACGGCGGUGUUCAUUGCGAAGGUGGUGGUGGUAGAGAGUCCGAUGACGAUGACUCGGAAUGGGAGACGGCUAGUGAGAGCGAUAUUGGGAAUGAUGGGAGAGAUGAGAUUUGUGAAUGGGGGAAUGACAUUGGAAGAAAGGACAAGUAUGAGAAAUCUUUGAUGAAAGGAGAUAUGAAACCCGGAUAUGGCACGCAACUUACAGAAGAUGAAACCUGAACGGUUAUUUGGUCGACCAAAAACAAAUACCUAAGGUCACUCUUAACUUCUAAAUAUGUAUUUACCAUUUACUCCCCCCCCCCCUUUUUCAAAGGCCUCUUUGCCAAGAAGAGGCACGCCGUGUUUGCGUAUGCAGUCUGCUGGUUGUGGGUUUGGUUUGCUUCCUCAUACUCUCUCUUCUCUCUCAUACUCUCUCUCACACACAUUUUCAUGAAAAGAAUUAAUAAAUUUGUGUUUCCCACAUAUUCUUUGUAAUCAUCAUUCAACCAAUACUUGUAUAGAGAGACCUCAAGAUGUUCGGCGAUACACAGUGCAGUAGAGAAUGAGUUGUUCUUUCAGUAAAUGAUCAUAUUUUGUCUGUUUUUUGGUUGUUGUUUUUGGUGUGGUUUUUCAAAUGCCCAUAUGACUUGGUGUCUGCAACAUGUGAAUCAUGAG